UCUUAUGACCUCUGGCUGGAUAGGCACAGACGAGCAAGAGAGUCUUGAAUGUCAAACGCCUGACAAACCUUGAGACCAGCCACCAAACCACGAAAAGUGACUUUCUUUCUGAGUCUUCUCUCCGGCCCUUCUGAUGGAAGGAGAAACAGGCAGCACCAUGGAGACUGGAAAGGGGACCAACCGAGGCAUUCGGAUUGCACUGGCUCUGUUUAUUAGUGGCACCCUGGUGCUGGGUACACUGCUCUUUCUAGUGAGUCAAGGUCUCGUAAGUUUCCAAGCUAAACAGGAGUACUGCCUGAAGCCAGAAUGCAUAGAAGCCGCUGCUGCCAUCAUGAGCAAAGUAAAUCUUUCUGUGGAUCCUUGUGAGAAUUUUUUCCGGUUUGCUUGUGAUGGCUGGAUAAGCAAUAACCCAAUUCCUGAAGAUAUGCCAAGCUAUGGGGUUUAUCCUUGGCUGAGACACAAUGUUGACCUCAAGUUGAAGGGACUUCUGGAGAAAUCAGUCAGUCGAAGGCGGGACACUGAAGCUGUACAGAAAGCCAAAAUCCUUUAUUCAUCCUGCAUGAAUGAGAAAGCGAUUGAAAAAGCAGAUGCCAAGCCACUGCUCCACAUCUUGCGGCAUUCACCUUUCCGCUGGCCAGUGCUUGAAGCUAAUAUUGGUCCUGAAGGAGUUUGGUCAGAGAGAAAAUUCAGUCUACUGCAAACACUGGCAACAUUCCGUGGUCAAUACAGCAAUUCUGUGUUCAUCCGUUUGUAUGUGUCCCCUGACGACAAAGCAUCCAAUGAACAUAUCUUGAAGCUGGACCAAGCAACACUCUCUCUAGCUGUGAGGGAAGACUUCCUGGAUAACACUACUGAAGCCAAAUCUUAUCGGGAUGCCCUUUACAAAUUCAUGGUGGACACUGCUGUGCUUUUAGGCGCUAAUAGCUCUCGAGCUGAACAUGACAUGAAGUCAGUGCUUAGACUGGAAAUUAAGAUAGCUGAGAUAAUGAUUCCACAUGAGAACCGAACCAGUGAGGCUAUGUAUAACAAAAUGAACAUCUCAGAGCUCAGUGCAAUGAUUCCCCAGUUUGACUGGCUGGCCUAUAUCAAGAAGGUCAUUGAUACCAGACUCUACCCACACUUGAAAGACAUUGGCCCCUCGGAGAACGUGGUGGUCCGCGUCCCACAAUACUUUAAAGAUUUGUUUAGGAUAUUAGGUGCCGAGAGGAAGAAAACCAUUGCCAACUAUUUGGUGUGGAGAAUGGUUUAUUCCAGAAUUCCAAACCUCAGCAGGCGCUUUCAAUAUAGAUGGCUGGAAUUCUCAAGGGUAAUCCAGGGAACCACAACUCUGCUGCCUCAGUGGGACAAAUGUGUUAACUUUAUCGAAAGUGCCCUCCCUUAUGUUGUGGGGAAAAUGUUUGUGAAUGUUCACUUCCAGGAGGAUAAGAAGGAAAUGAUGGAAGAAUUGAUUGAGGGUGUUCGCUGGGCCUUCAUUGACAUGCUGGAGAAAGAAAAUGAAUGGAUGGAUGCAGGGACAAAAAGGAAAGCUCAAGAAAAGGCAAGAGCUGUUUUGGCAAAAGUUGGCUAUCCAGAGUUUAUAAUGAAUGAUACUUAUGUUAAUGAAGACCUCAAGGCAAUCAAAUUUUCAGAAUCGGACUACUUUGGCAACGUGCUGCAAACCCGCAAGUAUUUAGCACAGUCUGAUUUCUUCUGGCUAAGAAAAGCUGUUCCCAAAACAGAGUGGUUUACAAACCCAACAACAGUCAAUGCCUUUUACAGUGCAUCUACCAACCAGAUACGAUUUCCUGCUGGAGAGCUGCAGAAGCCUUUCUUUUGGGGAACAGAAUACCCUCGAUCCCUGAGUUAUGGUGCUAUAGGAGUAAUUGUGGGCCAUGAAUUUACACAUGGAUUUGAUAAUAAUGGCAGAAAAUAUGAUAAAAAUGGAAACCUCGAUCCGUGGUGGUCUGUGGACUCAGAAGAAAAGUUUAAGGAAAAAACAAAAUGCAUGAUUAACCAGUAUAGCAACUAUUAUUGGAAGAAAGCCGGCUUAAAUGUGAAGGGGAAGAGGACCCUGGGAGAAAAUAUUGCUGAUAAUGGAGGUCUGCGAGAAGCUUUUAGGGCUUACAGGAAAUGGAUAAAUGACAGAAGACAGGGAGUUGAAGAGCCCCUCCUACCAGGCAUCACUUUCACCAACAAUCAGCUCUUCUUCCUGAGUUAUGCUCAUGUGAGGUGCAAUUCCUACAGACCAGAAGCUGCCAGAGAACAAGUCCAAAUUGGUGCUCACAGUCCUCCACAAUUUAGGGUCAAUGGUGCCAUUAGCAACUUUGAAGAAUUUCAGAAAGCUUUUAACUGUCCACCAAAUUCCACCAUGAACAGAGGUGCAGAUUCCUGCCGACUCUGGUAGCUGGAGUGCUGGUUUCUGCCAUCCUGACAGAACUGAGGAGUGCCAGUAGAGGAGGCAUUAACAUACUCAGCACCUACUGCUUUCUGCCUAUAUUUUAUUGAAGGCUUUUAUUUUUAAUACAUUUUCAUCAUUUGGGUAGAUGACUUGCUUGGAUCUAAAUCUAAACAGUAUCUGUUCAAAGUCAUUGGGUUUAUAAAGGAAUUCAAGAACUGAGCCAAAUACAAUUUUUUAGAAAGCCAAACCAGGAAAACAAGUUCCAAGUCUAUUUGGUUAAACUGUUCUUGGCUGAUAACUCUAUUAUCCAUUUCUGUUAGCCACAGCUAGGUGGUAUAUACUGUUUCAAUCUGUAGCUUUGCAGGGGACCUGAGUAGAGUGUAUCCAUAGAAAGGAUCAAUCAAUGAAAAUUGUCAUCCUCAAUGAUAAAGAUGUGUGCCCUAUGGUGUACAGUUGUCACACAACAUUUCAUAAUUCUAAGGUAGUUAAAUUGGAAAUGUGUUGGAUCUUCAUUUUAUAAUUUUUGAUAAAGGUUUUUCACUUCAGGCUUUGAGUCUAUUGGACAAUUGUAUCUCAGAACUUCCACUCUAUUUAGCAAACUGCUCUGUUUAAGUAAGCAUGAACAAAGAUGACAUAAACCCCAUUAGGUGAAGGAUUUGGGUUUGUAAAAUAUGGAAAAAAGAAUACAUCUUUAACUGCUAGAAGUAUUAAAAACUAUUAACAACAACUAAUCACAUAACAAUAAAGAUAGUAGAAAAUGAACUCUGCGAACAUUGAUCCAUUCCCUCUCUAUGUCAGUAAGCCUCUGUCUGACGGAUAACAAUCAUGGAGCAGUUCAGAUCUUGUUUUGUUCUGCUCAGAUGUGUUUAUCUCCUGACUGAACUGAGUAGACGUUAAGGAAAGAAUUUGUUGUUUCCAUGUCAGGAACAUAUGAUUUUCAUUUCCUUUUAGCACGAUGAUAUAAACACCAUGCUGAGGAGGGAGUAAAAUGCUCUUCCAUCUUAGUCCACUUAAUGUUACCUCUCUUUAAAAGAAAACCUUUGCAGAAGCUUCUAGAAUGAAAGCAUCUUGGUAUAUAUGAAUCCAAUUUAAGCAAUCCUGCCUAGAUCUAAAGGACAUAACUUUACUCUUCACGUCUUAUGAAGGGUUUAUUUUUUUCUAAAAGCAGUACUGUAUUUUGAUCUUUAGAGCAUUAUUUUUGUAAUCAGCACCUAUAGUGUUGAUUAGCUAACUUAGUGUGUAUUUAUGUAGGAUAACAUUGUUAUCACAUUUAAGAGUGUAUGUAGGAUAAAUUGUAAUGGCAUUGAAGUGGUGAGUAUUUCUGAUUUUUUUAAAAUGUAAUGUAGGCAUUUUCCUACCCCCUCAUCACAUUAUUCAUUGUACAUGGGGCGCUGAGUUAAGUGGGCCAAUAGAAAAAUUUCAAAAGCAUAAUGACAAAGUCAGAUGAAUCACAGGAGGUCAUUUUGCAUCCUUGUGACCUGUCAUUCUUUU